AUGCCGCCGGACAGACUGUCCUUCACGGCCCUCAACGUCCCCGACGACGAGGUGCCAGAAUGGAUGGGCUCCUUCACGCUGGCGGCGCCGCCCAACACCGAUCUCUGGCGCAAGCCCCCCAGCCGCGACACCUCGACGGCGCCCAUUCUCUACACGGCGCUGCGCAACCCCUUCAUAGCCGCCGAGGUGACCGUGUCGGCGGACUGGGAAUUGGAAUGGGAUCAAGCCGGGUUGGUGAUAUUCGCGGGCGCGCCUCCAGGACCUCCAGGACGAACGGGAAAUUCGUCGCCGCAACAUCAGCAACCCACUCCCCUCGACGUUACACACUCUUCCCCUUCCGACCACGUCCACGACCCACCACCCGCCUACCUGGCCCCCGCCCCGGCCUCCAAAUGGGUCAAAGUCGGCCUCGAAUUCUGCAACAACGCAUGCCACGCCUCGUCCGUGUGCGCGACGUCGGACGGCGCCGACUGGGCCCUCAGCGCCCUACCGCCGCACCACGCGCGCCGGCUAGACCUGCGCGUCAAGAUGGAGCGCAUCGGGUAUGCACUGUGGGUGUAUUAUCGCGACGAGGUGGCGGGUUGGAAGAAGGUCAGGGAGGUGACGUGGUUCUUCUGGGGGGUCGAGGAUAAGGCGGUCAGGGUGGGCGUGUAUGCGAGUCGGCCGGCGAAUGUGGGGGUGAGUGUUUUUGAGCAGAGGAGGAUGAUUGGGGGAGGGGGAGGGGGAGGAGGGAUGGGGAUGGGGUUUAUGCAGAGGAAUUUGUGUGUGGAUUUUGAGGGGUUGGAGAUUUAUUAG